AUGCAGAAGCCCUGGUGGGAUCUCUUCCUUGCAGUGCUCGCCCAUGUCUCAGGUUCCCUGGUCCAGGCAGCGCUGACUCAGACGCCCCCCUCGGUGUCAGCCGACGUGGGAGGAACCGUCAAGAUCACCUGCACCGGUGGUAGCAGCAGCUAUGAAUAUGCUGUUUGGUACCAGCAGAAGGUUCCUGGCACUGCCCCUGUCACUGUGAUCUACGAUGGCAGCAAGAGACCCUCGGGCAUCCCUUCGCGAUUCUCCGGCUCCACGUCCACGUUAACCAUCACUGGGGUCCAAGCGGAGGACGAGGCCGUCUAUUACUGUGGUGGCUGGGACGGCAGCAGUGAUGCUGGUGUAGUGAUACAGAGUGGUUCCCUGGUCCAGGCAGCGCUGACUCAGACGCCCCCCUCGGUGUCAGCCGACGUGGGAGGAACUGUCAAGAUCACCUGCUCCGGGUUUAGCAGCAGCAGUGGUGUUGGCUGGUACCAGCAGAAGGAACCUGGCACUGCCCCUGUCACUGUGAUCUACAACAGCAACAACAGACCCUCGGGCAUCCCUUCGCGAUUCUCCGGAUCCAAGUCCGGCAACACGGGCACAUUAACCAUCACUGGGGUCCAAGCGGAGGACGAGGCCUUCUAUUACUGUGGUGGCGACGACGGCAGCUAUAAGGUGACACAGAGCAAUGGGGAAGUGAUACGGAAACCUCCUGCCACCACAGAGGGCAGAUAG